AUGACCGAUUCAAAGUACUUUACCACAAACAAAAAAGGAGAGAUCUUUGAGCUGAAGGCAGAGCUGAACAAUGAGAAGAAAGAGAAGAGGAAGGAGGCUGUGAAGAAGGUCAUCGCUGCCAUGACCGUGGGCAAAGAUGUCAGUUCGCUUUUCCCAGAUGUGGUGAACUGCAUGCAGACAGACAACCUGGAGCUGAAGAAGCUGGUGUACUUGUACCUAAUGAACUAUGCCAAGAGUCAGCCCGAUAUGGCCAUCAUGGCCGUCAACAGCUUUGUCAAGGACUGUGAAGAUCCGAACCCCCUGAUCCGGGCGCUGGCCGUGCGCACCAUGGGCUGCAUCCGCGUGGACAAGAUCACCGAGUACCUGUGCGAGCCGCUGCGCAAGUGCCUGAAGGACGAGGACCCGUACGUGCGGAAGACGGCGGCCGUGUGCGUGGCCAAGCUGCACGACAUCAACGCCCAGAUGGUGGAGGACCAGGGCUUCCUGGACUCCCUGAGGGACCUCAUCGCCGACUCCAACCCCAUGGUCGUGGCCAACGCCGUGGCAGCUCUGUCCGAGAUCAGCGAGUCGCACCCCAACAGCAACCUUCUGGACCUGAACCCCCAGAACAUCAACAAGCUACUGACGGCCCUGAACGAGUGCACGGAGUGGGGCCAGAUCUUCAUCCUGGACUGCCUCUCCAACUACAACCCCAAAGACGAGCGCGAGGCCCAGAGUAUUUGUGAGCGCGUGACCCCUAGGCUGUCCCACGCCAACUCGGCCGUGGUGCUGUCUGCUGUCAAAGUGCUCAUGAAGUUCCUGGAGCUGCUUCCCAAGGACUCUGACUACUACAACACCCUGCUGAAGAAGCUGUCCCCGCCCCUGGUCACUCUGCUCUCUGGGGAGCCCGAGGUGCAGUACGUGGCGCUCAGGAACAUCAACCUGAUCGUGCAGAAGAGGCCCGAGAUCCUGAAGCAGGAGAUCAAGGUGUUCUUCGUCAAGUACAACGACCCCAUCUACGUUAAACUGGAGAAACUGGACAUCAUGAUCCGCUUGGCCUCCCAGGCCAACAUUGCCCAGGUGUUGGCUGAGCUGAAGGAGUACGCCACGGAGGUGGACGUGGACUUCGUGCGCAAGGCCGUGCGGGCCAUCGGGCGCUGCGCCAUCAAGGUGGAGCAAUCAGCCGAGCGCUGUGUGAGCACUCUGCUCGACCUCAUCCAGACCAAGGUCAACUACGUGGUUCAGGAGGCCAUUGUGGUCAUCAGAGAUAUCUUCCGCAAGUACCCAAACAAGUAUGAGAGCAUUAUCGCCACACUGUGUGAAAACCUGGACUCCCUGGACGAGCCGGACGCACGCGCUGCCAUGAUCUGGAUCGUGGGGGAGUACGCCGAGAGAAUCGACAAUGCCGACGAGCUGCUGGAGAGCUUCCUGGAAGGAUUCCACGAUGAGAGCACACAGGUCCAGCUCACCCUGCUGACAGCCAUCGUUAAGCUGUUCUUGAAAAAGCCCUCAGAGACCCAGGAGCUGGUCCAGCAGGUCCUCAGCCUGGCCACCCAGGACUCUGACAACCCCGACCUGCGUGACAGGGGCUACAUCUACUGGCGCCUGCUGUCCACCGACCCGGUGACGGCCAAGGAGGUGGUGCUGUCGGAGAAGCCGCUGAUCUCGGAGGAGACGGACCUGAUCGAGCCCACCCUGCUGGACGAGCUCAUCUGCCACAUCGGGUCCCUGGCCUCCGUCUACCACAAGCCCCCCAACGCCUUCGUGGAGGGCAGCCACGGCAUCCACCGCAAGCACCUGCCCAUCCAGCACGGCAGCAUCGACACAGGGGAGAGCCCUGUCAGCGCCGGGCCGGCAGCCCCCAUGGACCAGCCGCAGGUCAUCCCCUCCCAGGGCGACCUCUUGGGAGACCUGCUCAACCUGGACCUGGGCCCCCCGGUCAACGUGCCCCAGGUGUCCACCAUUCAGAUGGGGGCGGUGGACCUGCUGGGCGGUGGGCUAGACAGCCUGCUCGGGGGAGACCUGGGAGGAGGUGUUGGGGGAAGUCCAGCAGUGGGACAGAACUUCAUCCCGUCCUCGGUGCCCAGCACAUUCGCCCCCUCGCCCACCCCGGCGGCGCUCAGCAGCGGCCUCAACGACCUGUUCGACCUCUCCACCGGCAUGGCCAUCACCACCGGCGGCUACGUGGCUCCUAAAGCGGUGUGGCUGCCAGCAGUCAAGGCCAAAGGCCUGGAGAUCGCCGGAACCUUCUCCCGCAGACAGGGUCAUAUGUACAUGGACAUGACCUUCACCAACAAGGCCCUGCAGCACAUGACCGACUUUGCCAUCCAGUUCAACAAGAACAGUUUUGGGGUGAUCCCCACCACACCCCUACCCAUUCACACCCCUCUGAUGCCCAGCCAGAGCAUCGACAUCUCCCUGCCGCUCAACACCAUCGGGCCCGUCAUGAAGAUGGACCCACUCAACAACCUGCAGGUGGCUGUAAAGAACAACAUUGAUGUCUUCUACUUCAGCUGCCUCAUUCCACUCAACAUCUUCUUCGUGGAGGAUGGAAAAAUGGAGCGCCAGGUCUUCCUGGCCACCUGGAAGGACAUUCCCAAUGAGAAUGAGCUUCAGUACCAGAUCAAAGAGUGCCACCUAAAUGCAGACACCGUCUCGGGGAAGCUACAAAAUAACAACAUCUACACCAUCGCCAAGAGGAACGUGGAGGGUCAGGACAUGCUGUACCAGUCCCUGAAACUCACCAACGGCAUCUGGAUCCUGGCAGAGCUACGCAUCCAGCCCGGCAACCCCAACUACACGCUCUCCUUGAAGUGCCGGGCUCCAGAGGUCUCCCAGUACGUCUACCAGGUGUACGAUUCCGUCCUGAAGAACUGAGCCCUGCCGUCCCUCACUCCUCCCGCGGUGCAAGAACAAACUGCGACUUUCACUCACUGUCGUUCUUUUUUCCCUCCCAUUGUUUUUCCAUUAUACGCAUCCCCAUCUCCAUCUCCAUCUGAAAAGGCACUAAUACUCCAUCCGAAACCGAACACGUCAAUGCUGCCAACAUGAGGGAAGUGUGGUUGACCAUGAGCCUUUCCGAAACAGAGCUGUUUCUCCUUCAAAAACUCUCACCUCUCCCCAAACCACCACUUUGUACUGCACUGCAAAUCUUCAGUGUUUUUUUAUGAAUUGCUUUAUUUUGUCUGUUUUUUUAAUGGUCUCUCUGCUUCAGAUACUUACUCGCCAUGCCUGCUUAACCAUUCCAGAUAAAAAAUGUAGAGCACCUUUUUCAAGUGAUUAUCAGUCGGCGUGCCAUUGGUGAGGCAUCGCAGGCCAAAGCUUUUGCCUCUCUUUCACCCUCUUUCACAGGUUUAAUGCUUCUAAACUGCAGAAAAACCAUACUGAGCCAAGAUGGUGGCCAAUACACAUACCAUAGACAUAAGCUGAGUAAUGAAACCUUGAGAGAAUCAGAUGUUAUGAUUUUUUUCUGUAACCACUCUGCAUACCACUGAUUAUGGUAGCUGUUAUAUGUUUACUUAAGCUGUGUGCCAAUGUCAUGUUUUAUAUUUUGUGCUGUAGUUUUGCUCCUUUUUAAAAAGGGUGAACUGAAAUGGCUUAUACGUGAGGGUAC